AUAUUUUCAUUGAUAAUGCCCAGGAAUAAGAAGAAAUGCGGGAGGCCACCUAAAUCCGAGAACACUGAGGAGAUAGAGUAUAUGGACGAGGGAUAUAUAGCGACCAAUUAAUUUGCCUUGGAACUUCUAUAAUUGAUCACAGAGAUGGCUAAUUAUAAAUUACUCACGAUAACAGGGCCAGCUCCAGGUAAAAAUGAUGAGGAAAAAAAAAAAUAUAAGAAAAAGUGUCUAAAGAACAGAAAGGAAAUUGAAAAAGAACAAAAAUGGUUGAGAAGUAAGUUAAGUAUCGAGGAGGACUAGGUGUUCUUCUUGAGGAAUCAAAAUGAUAAUCCCAGGAAAUAUCGAUUAGUGGAUGGGAAGUUGGUUAAGUGUGGAGAUGAAUCAUCUAAUAAUAUUUUUUAACUCCAAAAUGAUAAUUACAAAGCCAACAGUUUUACUAAGAGCAUCCUAAGAGUUUGCAAUGAGUUAAAUACAGAGAUUUAAAACUUUAUAAAACAACUAGUUAUUAUAUUCUUACAAUCUAACAAAUCAAUAAACGAGUUUUAAGAACAAUUUUUUUCAUUAUUUAAUUCCUAAUCGGAGUAAGAAUAUAAAGAAAUAAGACAAUGGGAUGAAUUAUUUGAAAUCUCAUUUGAUGAAAAGUUAUCUUUAAUGUAGAGUGAAAUUGAUUAAUUCAAAACUAAAUAUUCUCUAAAUUUAGACCUAGAGCAAAGUCAAAUGAAAGUUGAAUAAAAAAGAAUCGAUGUCUUAAAAAACCAACAGUUGAACAUUGAGGUCUUUAAAAGUAUAUAAGGACCCAAUCGACCCUUGAAACUAUUCACAAGAAGAAUACACAGUCUAUUCCAUAAGCAUUAUAGUUUGGAAGAAUGA